AUGGUUUCGACUGUCAAUGUCAUUAAAGGAAAAAUAGCUUGCAUUUCAGGCGGAAUCGGAGGAAUUGGCUAUCAAUUCGCUAAGGUUCUUUUAAAAUCAGACAUCAAAGGGGUUGUUUUAUUAGAUGUUGAUGCUGAGAAAGCACCGAAAGCUGUUAACGAUUUAAGAGCCUAUGGAAAUGGAAAUGUUCAGUUUGUCCAUGCAGAUUGUAAAUCCAUGUAUCAUGUUGAAUGUGGCCUCCAAAAAGCUGUUGAAGUUUUUGGAAAAUUAGAUUAUGUAAUUAAUAAUGCAGCGAUUAUCGACGAAAAUGAAAUGGAUAUUAUGGUUAACAUAAACUAUAUGAGCACGGUUUAUUCAACGAUUUUAUCUCUUUAUAAAAUCCUCCCGGAUAGUUUAACCGAAAAUGAAGGUGUUAUAAUAAAUAACGCUUGCAUUUUUGGGAUUGAUCCUCUCCCACCAAGCCCGAUUUAUUCCGCUUUAAAACACGCCGUUGUUGGAGUUAGCAGAUCUUUUGGAAGUCCUUAUUAUUAUAACCGAUCGAAAAUCAAAGUAUUGGCUCUUUGCCCGGGGUUAACAGAAACGCAGCUUUCGAGUCCUGCUAAAAUUGAUCAUGGGUGGGAGGAAAUUCGGAAAUUACCUCGACAAGGAGCCAUUUUCCCAGCAAGAUGUCUUUUAAAAAUGUUGACCCAAGGAGAAAAUGGGUCAGUGUGGAUAGCAGAAAAUCAAAAAUGUUAUCAAAUGCCUUUCCAAAAUCGAUUUGAAUUUUAUUCAGAAAGCGUAAAAUAAAUCAAAAAUUAUCAGUAA